AUGCGACGUGAAGGAUCUGCAAAUCUUGUGCCUGUUAAUCCUGAAAUCGAAAGAUCCUGCAGACAAAACAGAAGGAAAAAGAGGUUGGAAGUAUCAAUGGCUGCCAACCAAAGAGACGGGGUUAACAACAAUGAUGGUCAGAAUCAUAUCGCUCAGGACCAAAAUGUGCGAGCAUUAAGAGAUUAUGUGCUCCCUGCUGUCACAGGAGUGCACUCGUGCAUUAGGCCGCCGACUAUUACUGCCAAUAACUUUGAGAUUAAGCCGGCGAUGAUACAAAUGGUCCAGACUUCUGUUCAGUUUGGUGGUCUCCCCAAUGAGGAUCCUAACUUGCACAUAGUGAAUUUCCUUGAGCUAUGUGCAACGUUUAAGUUUAAUGGGGUGAGCGAUGAUGCAAUAAGGCUGAGAUUGUUCCCUUUUUCACUAAGGGACAGGGCAAAAAGUUGGCUUAUUUCUCUACAGGCCAACUCAAUCAACACAUGGGAGGAACUAGCUCAGAAGUUUCUCUCAAAGUUCUUUCCUCCUGCAAAAGCUGCGAAGUUGAGGGGAGAAAUCAAUAACUUCUAUCAGAAUGAGGGAGAGUCAUUGUACGAUGCAUGGGAAAGAUUCAAAGACCUGCUCAGAAAAUGCCCUCAUCACGGUAUAGAGAAGUGGAUGUUAGUCCACAAUUUUUACAAUGGGCUUUGCGGUACUACUCGCACUAUAAUAGAUGCAGCAGCAGGUGGUGCUUUCAUGAGUAAAGGGGCUGAUGAGGCAUAUGAAUUGUUAGAGGAGAUGGCUAUGAACAACUAUCAGUGGCCUGCCGAACGAGACACUUCACAGAGAAAAGUAGCCGGGGUACAUGAAUUAGAUGCUAUAACUGCUUUAACGGCUCAGGUUGCUUCAUUGACAAAGCAGUUGCAACAAAACAAGAUCUCAGCUCAAGCCCAGGCUAUACAGAUGCAAUCAGGGUGUGAAAUAUGUGGAGGGCCUCAUUUAUAUGAACAGUGUACAGCGGCCAACAUGUGUGGUAAUAUGCCAGUUAAUCAGGCUCAGGUACAGGCAGUUGGUAAUUUUCAGAGGCCUUAUCAGAAUCCGUUCUCCAAUACUUAUAAUCCUGGGUGGAGAAAUCACCCAAAUUUCUCAUGGAGAAACAAUCAGGGCCAACAGUCACAGUUUCAAGGGCCAUACCAGCAGCACAUGCCGCAACAGCCUAUGAAUCAAGCCUCAUCGUCACACCAGCCUAGACCGCGAGAUCCACCAGAAAAGCCUAAUGAACUACCGCAAGGGAAUUUGCCUAGUAAUACCGUGGUAAAUCCUAAAGAGAACUGUCAAGCAAUUUCGUUGAGGAAUGGUAAGCAAGUGGAGCAGCCCAGUGUACAAAAGUCAGUGGUUCGGAAUGAAGAGUUCGGUGAGAAAUCAGAUAAUAAAGCGAAUGGGGUUACUGAAGACCCCCAGGGUUCAAACAAGUGUCCUCCCGUUGUUGAUAGUCAGCCAGUUCAACUGCACAUCAAUAUUCCCUUUGCUGAGGCAUUAGAGCAGAUGCCUAGUUAUGUCAAAUUUAUGAAAGAGAUUCUGUCAAAGAAAAGAAAGAUGGAGGAGUAUGAGACGGUGGCGCUCACUGAAGAGUGCACAUGCUUUGUGUGA